AUGCAGUCGAUCCUCGAUACUCCGCUGGACUACAGCGACAUCAGCAAUCCGGCGGGCACCCCCGACUCGGCAGCCAGAUUGCAGAUGCUCACCAUGUCUGUGCUGGUCGCGCGAAGCGUCCGCAAUGACCAGCUGCUCGAGCACCUCUGCAGGGCGACGCGCGCCCCAGCUCACAGGAAAGCCGCCGUCCUGGUCGACCGUCGACCGCAAGUCUUUUUCGCCAGAAGAGGGCCGGUCCGCGAUUCCUUUGCCGAUCCUCUGAUGUCUGCUUCUGCCGGUUCUUCGAGCGCCGCCGAACCCUGCAGCGUCACCGGCCCCUAA